UUUAACUCUUGUGCAUCCUCCAUAUGUCCCAAUUCCCGCCUGCCCAAAUACAGACGGUGAUUGCUAUUUCUCCACCGUCAGCGGCGGGCUUUGUUUCUCCGAAAAAAUGGCUACAGAGGAAGCGUCGGAGACCAUAUUGAUUCGGCAUCUCCCGGAAGCUAUCCCUCCCGAAACUCUCUCUAGACUUCUAACUCACUACGGCGCAUCUUCUGUCCGGCCUUGUACUCAUGGAAGUGUAAAAAAUUGUGCCUUUGUAGAUUUCAAGGAUGAAGCCCUGGCAUAUCAAGCACAGAGGCAGUUGAAUGGCCUACGGUUUCUUGGUAAGAUAUUAUCUGUUGAAAGAGCUAGUAAACGAACUGAGGCAGACAAACAGCACCAGCAGAGUGUUCGUGGGACCGGCAAGGAUUCAAUCAAUUUGAUCAAAGAUAGUGCUUCAUACAAAGAACGUGAUGGAAGCUCACUAUCCUAUCUACGCAAUGAACCAAUUGCUGAAAGACUUGGAGUGGACUAUCCGUUUCCACCUCAUCUUGAAUAUGCAUACCCUCCACCUGAUGGACACAUUUUGACUAAUAUUGUAAAUGCUCUUAUCGCUGUCCCACGGUUUUACACACAGGUCUUACACUUGAUGAACAAGAUGAAUAUCCCUGCUCCAUUCCGGACUGCAUUGCCCACUCCACCUCUGCCAAUCCCAGCAUCUUUCACUCCUCAACCUCCGCCACCUCCUCCUCCACCAACAGAUAACGAAACUACAGCGGACAAUUUGUUGAGCAGUGAAUCCGAAAUGGAGUCUUCUGAUGAGGAAACUCCUCCAUGUGUCGGUGGCCCUAAAAGAAAGCGGAUGAAGCGAGAAGCUAUUGUUGGUCCUGCGGUGAACAAGGAUGUGGCUCAUGAGGCUGUUGGAUUGAAACCUGGUGUUUUGCUCCCUAAAGAAAUGCCAAUGAUAAAAAAGAAGAACUCUGUAUUGCAGAUCAAAAUAGCACCUAAACAAGUUCAUUCCGAUCGGAUGAAUGAUGAUUGUACAAGAGAAGUACAUGGAGAAGAUGAGGAGAAUUCAGAUAAUAAGCCUGUUCUGACUAUUGAAGAAUUGAAGAGUGGGAAAUUGGUCCCUGAAGAAAUUUUGUCACUUCCUGUGUUCAAGAAUUAUUCUGUUGGGGAUCCAUCUAGGGUGUUGUACAUCAAGAACUUGUCAAGGGAUGUGAUUACUGAUGACUUCUACUUCAUUUUUGGAUCCUUCUUUGAAAGUACUGAUGCUGCUAGAUCCAGUCUGACUGUGAAGUUAAUGCAGGAAGGAAGAAUGCGUGGUCAAGCUUUUAUUACAUUCCCAACAGUUGAACUAGCUCAAAAUGCAUUGAACCUGGUGAAUGGGUACGUGUUUAAAGGCAAGCCCAUUGUCAUUCAGUUCGGGCGUAACACUGCUGCCAGUACCAGCUAGUUGGACAAGGGACACUACUAUUUUAUUCUGAGAGAAAUUUAAAUUACGACACUCAAAACUUCAUUAUGAGGGGUUACUCAAGCAAGCUUCCGUACAUAGUUGAAGAGACAAUGGCAAUGUGUAUAGUUGUUCAUAUGCUUGCCUAAGAAGCAUUAUACUGUUAAAUGUUUUUUGGCGUCUAAAUCAACAUUUGUGCAUAUAUCAACCUUGUUUAUAGACUAUGAUCCAACGUUUUGUGUUAGGCUUGGGGAUAUCACUUCUACACCUUGAAAUGUCUAGUGAGUGUCAUUUUUACUCCUUGAUCCACAUUGUAAUGUAGACAAUGGUUUUAUUUAUAAUUUUCAAUGAAGGUAGAGAUGCAGCAAAAUAAUAAUAAUAUGACACAAGGUUAAGGAGAGUGUAAAGAAUAAAUUGAUACUGCAAUGGUGGUUGUUUUCCUCUGUUUCUUGAGUAGGAUUUUCGGAAGUGCUUUUCGGCAAGGGUAGGUUUUUGGUGAUUUCAAUAUUGGAGCACGAUGAUGGUAGAUUAUCAUGACUUGGAGGAUUUGCAUGGGAUGUUGCAAAUUCGAUGUUUCAAUUGCGGUGAAGUGUGAAGACUUGAUGUUUCAAUUCAAUGGUUUAUUCUCCUCCUAAACCAUCAUAUUUGGGGAUGGGAUAGGUUAAGAGGAUGGUUUCAGGGUAAAGAGACAGGAAUUUCUGUUCAUGGUGUCUUGGAGGUAUUCAGAGCGGUUGAAAUCAAAGAGGGGUUGUGGCAUGAGAAGUGUGGGUUCAUGGUUGGUUAUGUGGUAUUGUGACCUUUAUGGGUGUGCUAAAAAAAUUCCGGAGGAGACUAUUGUGAACUGGCAAUUUGGAUAAUUUCCUUGUGAAAUGAGGAACUAACUUGAUUGGUGGUUGUUUAAUUGGUGUAUUAUAUUCUCCUUUGUCUAAAAGUAUGUCUAUUAUCCCCAUGACCCCAUGACGAUUUCUGUCUAAUUGUCUAUGAUUUGCUCAACCCUAAGUAAGGAUGUCGUUCUUUGUAGGGCUGGACACGAGCCUGUUUUGGACCCGGAUCGGUCAGCCCUACGGAAAAUAUUAUGAGGCUCGGGAUCGGAACCUCUGAAGUCUAAACCUCUAUUUUAGGUUCUGAUUUUGGUCCGUUUUAUUUUUCUUUCCAAAAAAUAACUUGUUUACUGUAAGUUUAAACAUGUAUGGAUUAAAAUUUAUAAUGUCAUGAGAUAUUUAUUAUAAUUGUUUAA